UUAAUGACACUAACAAAUGGAUGGAACAGAAAAAGUCUCACAUAAAGGACAACAAUGAAACAGGAAAUAGAUUUAUUUCAUAAUAAAACUAAGAAAGCAUUCUUUGAAGAAGGAAAUGCACUGUUCUAAAUAAAACAGAAAGAAUCAAACAUCCAAUGAUGGCACCUUUUGUGAAGCACCACUAUUUUUUAACUAAGCCAUGGUUGAUGUUUGUGUGAUUCUUGCAUAAAGGUAUAGACUCCUAAAAAAUGCAAUUUGUAAAUUAAGAUAAAAUAAAUAAAUACAUAAAAUAAAAGCACAAAAACGACCAUGGCUACAUACAAAGAAGAAGAGGAAGAAAACCAAAUGAAAGUGUUGUUAUGUAGUUUUUAAACAUCCUAGUGCAUUACCAAUAACAUUUCAAGUCUCAUAAUUGUCAACCUUUAAAGUAAAGUCUAUAAAAAAGGGUUUGGCCCUUUUUUUUUUUAUAGAAAAUGGAAAAGAUGACUCUGUGCCCUGUGAUGGACUGGCAAAGCAUUCAGGGUGUAACCAAAUUUCCCCAAAAUGGGUUGUGAUUGGCUCCAGCAACCCAAAAGCUGGUUUAGAAAACAGAUGGAUGCUACAGUGUCAUACCUGUUUUCAACAAAGUUUUUUUUUCCUGGUAUUAUGUUUUUAUUUUAUUUUCUUUUUUAUUUUUUGGUUUAUUAUUGUUUGUAUUGUUCUGUUUUGAUUGUUCUAUUGCUGCCAAUCAUUUAAAAAAACUUUUAUACGGAUGUUUUCUUGAUGUUUUAAUAUCCAUACUUGUAGUAUUUCUGCCAAGUGCAAUUGCUUCACAUGUAUUUAAUCCUAUAUAAUCAUUGAUAUCCAAUUUCAUCAUAUCAUUUUCCUGAGACUAUCUAAUUCAAACUUCAGAAAGUUUUUCUAAUUUUUCAAAAGCUAAUGGUCAGUAUAACUCAUUCAGUAUUUGCUGCAUUAAAAUAAAAAAUCAUUUGUUGAUAGUAAAUUAUUCAUAACAUACAGUUAAUAUUGUCUUUUGAAUUUAAGACAAUUUGUAAAUAAGGUGUUUUUAAAUUUCUGAACACGUAUUUUUGCUUUCUUGUGGACAAAAACUUACCAAACAUCCCAUAAUUUAUACUUUUUUAUUAUUUAAAAAAAUGCAUUUUUCUGUGGAUUUUAUCAAAUAAUAUCGAAAAACAAUUCAUCCCCUACCAUUAUUUAUUUGGUUAAUCCUUUGAUGUAGUGGGCUUUACAGGGUUAAAGAAGUUUCAAACAGACAAAGCGGUGUUGCCGCCGCUCAAAAUCUUUGAUGUGUUUUAUUUUGAAAGGAGGGAGCACGCGAGCAUCCGGCGGUCGCAGUGACAGCGCGAGGCUGUGGAGGAUCAGCCAGGAGGAGCGGCAAUGAAAAGGUGGAUUUCGAGUGAGCGGCGUCGUUUUUCUGUUCCACCCCCGGGUUCACUUCAAACACAGACAGCGGACGAGCAAGAAAUUUGAGUUUUAUUCUGGAUUCUACAGCUGAUAACAGCAUUCCCUUUUCUUCUAUUCACUUAUUUUUUAUUUUAUUUUUAUAUAUUUCUUCUAUUUGCCCAGACCUUCCCAUGAAUUGGACUGGAAGCAGCCAGAAAAAGAGGAGCAUCCUUUGGUUUGCUCGGACAUCAUUUGUCAUUAUUUCGAUUUAGGAAACUGCCCGACGAAGCUGACCGUGUCCUCUAUGGGAUUCUUAUCGAGCAGGUAGCUUUGUUUUGGAGAAGAAGACAGUGGGCAUCAUGAGUUCCAGUGCUUAUCAACAAAGCUCAACAGGCACUGAGAAGCGCUCUGGACCAAUUCGAUGCCAACGAUGUCGUGAGGUUUGCAAAGGAGAGGUGGUCCGGGUCCAAGAAACUCACUUUCAUGUGAAGUGUUUCACCUGCACUGUGUGUAACUGUGAUCUGGCGCGAUCCGGCUUCUUCCAGAAGAAGGGCGAGUACAUCUGUACUGCAGACUACCAGCGUUUGUACGGCACUCGCUGUGACCGCUGCGACAGCUUCAUCACAGGAGAGGUGGUCUCCGCUCUUGGACGCACGUACCACCCCAAGUGCUUCGUCUGCAGCGUGUGCAGUAAACCCUUCCCCAUCGGAGACAGAGUGACGUUCAGUGGAAAGGACUGCGUGUGCCAGCAGUGCUCCCAAACACUUGUCAAGAAAAAUGAACCCAUCAAGAUCCAUGGACCCAGCCACUGUGCAGGAUGCGGGGCGGAGAUCAAACAGGGUCAGUCUCUCCUGGCGUUGGAAAAGCAGUGGCACGUCAGCUGCUUUAGGUGUCAGACCUGCAGCAUGGUCCUCACAGGAGAGUACAUCAGCAAAGACGGCGUGCCGUACUGUGAGGCAGAUUACCACGCACAGUUUGGGGUGAAAUGCGAGGGAUGCAGCAGAUACAUCAGCGGACGGGUUUUGGAGGCAGGGGGGAAACACUACCAUCCGUCCUGCGCUCGAUGCGCACGCUGCAACAUGAUGUUCAAGGAAGGAGAGGAAAUGUACCUGACAGGGUGUGAGGUGUGGCACCCAUUAUGCAAGCAGGCGGCAAGGGCAGAGAGGAGACUCAGGCACAGACGCCUGUCAGAGACCUCCAUCUCACCUCCCGGUUCGUCUAUAGGCUCACCCAGCAGAGUUAUAUGUGCCAGAGUGGAGAAUGAAAUCCUAGAUUAUAAGGACCUAGCAGCCCUACCAAAGGUCAAGGCCAUAUAUGAGGUUCAGCAGCCAGACCUCAUACCGUCCUCAAACCAGCAGUACCCCAGUUACUUCACUGAUGACAGGCUAGACACUUACAGCUAUGGGGAGUCACUAGGGACCCUUUCCCCUUAUUCUCAGGAUUAUGACAACAUGGAUGCAAAGCAGCGGCAUUGCUCCAGUCCAGGUUACAUCGAUUCCCCGUCGUCCACUCGUCCAGGCAUGUCGCCCAUCAUGCCUCGGUCUCCACAGCACUUUGGCUACGCUGGCUCUGAGAGUGGCAGGAGUUCGCCUUAUUACGGCCAAGAGGGUCGAUCAAGCACACCCACCACAAACCAGCCCCCUAAACAUUUUCAUGUACCAGCCACAGGGGACCCCAACAUCUACAGGAAGCCUCCCAUCUAUAAGAGAACUGACAAUCUUCUUGAAGCAGCUACUAAAAGCAGGACCAGUGAGGACAUCCUCAGAUCCUCCAGACUGUCCACAUACUCUCCAGAGCCAUACACGCAAUCAGAGUCGGACUACUACCCAUACACCAGCUCUCCCAGGACCUAUCGAGUGCCAAGAAGACGCUUCUCGACGGGAGGAAAUGAAGAGAGUUGGAGUCAGGGUCUUCAAAGAAUUGGGAGUGGCAUCGGGAGGAUGAUCCUGAAGGAGGAGAUGAAAGCCAGAUCUGGUUUCUAUGACAAUGACCCCUGGGGCAGUGCGAGGAAUUCCCGCAGUGGGAGCAAGGAAACCCUCAACACAACAGGCUACGGCACAUCGACCUACAACUACACCAUCAAUGGCUCUCCUCGGUCUCAGUACAGCGCUGAUAGUGAUUUUGUUUGUAAAUCAGCCUCACUACCAGGAUACGGACGCAAUGGCAUCCAGCGGCCUCAGAGUGCAGAUUGUUACCAUUACCAGUAUGACGAUGGCAGUGAGGUGAACUGGGCAAACAAAGCUGAAUACAAGAUUUACCCCUAUGAGGCGCUCAUUGUCACCACCAGAGGGCGGAACAGACUUCCAAAAGAUGUAGACAGAGCCAGACUGGAACGCCACCUCUCCCCAGAAGAGUUUGUCCAAGUGUUCGGCAUGACCGUGGAAGAAUUUGACCGGCUGGCCCUGUGGAAGAGGAACGAGCUCAAAAAACAGGCCCGACUGUUUUAACUCCAAGCGGAACAAAAAGAAAGAACUUUAAAUCAGUUACACUGCCAUGCCUGAGAACCUGUUUUAGCUCUCCUAAAGCAACAAACCAAAGUCUGGUCCUGCCAGAUUGGACUUGGACAGAAGGCCACAGAGGCUUUAUGCAGAAUGAACUGGCGAGCAGAGCGGAUGCCAGCACAGCUGACUGUGGUUGCGUGUUGGAGUGCAGUGCACAAAGAAACUGUCUUACUGUAGUUUUGUGCUUUCUCUCUUGGUAGAAGAAGAUCUUACUGUGCUCCACAAACGUCUGCCUGUGACUAGCACUGCAGAAAUGAAGGUGAUGGGGAGAGUUUUGGCUUUGCCUUAUUUGUUAUGCUCUUUUAGUUCUGACUGUGCAGCACCAGCAAACUGAAUGAGUAGAAUGUAGACACUUUAUCUGCAAGAAUGAAUAGGAAGAAUGAGUUCUGGCUUAAAACGACAUCAGUUUCCUCUGGGUUGGGAAGCAUUUUACUAUUAUUUCCCCAUCUUGACUUUGUUAUAUGAAGUGUCCUCUCUAGUUUACAAAAAAAUAAAAAUAAAAGAAACCAGUCUGAAGUGGAUGAAAGCUUUUCAGCUGUUUGUGUGACCUGCAUUGAUUUUUCAGAAAAGGAAACCAAAGUGAGAAUGAAAAUCUACAGUUUAGAAAGUAAUGAUUCAACAGGUCAAGGUCACUAUUGGAUCACUGUGCAGCUGUUAUGGUAACCUGAAAGAAUGUGCAAUCGACGAGACUUGAUAGGAAACAAACAGCAGCUCUGUUUGGAUGUUUUCUACACUCUGCAAUAGAAGGAUGACUCCGGGUGAGCGUUGCACUCAUCCGUACAUUUUCAUUCACUCGUUUUUAUUCAGUCAGAAUGCUGUUUCAACAAUUUUGUAGCUACAGAGAUUAUUUUUUUUCCUUCAAAGAAAUGCUCUUUGAGGCAUUUAGAAUCCCAGAUCCAGGGUUGAUGUCGACUUGACUUCUUUUGAAUACUUUUCUUUUCAGGUUUUGUCACUAAAAUAAAAGUGCAACUGAAAAACUGC